AUGACGCUCGCCGUCUUCUUCGGGUGCACCUUCAUCGCCUUCGGGCCGGCGCUCAGCCUCUUCCUCUUCACCAUCGCCCGCGACCCGCUGCGCAUCAUCAUCCUCAUCGCCGGGGCGUUCUUCUGGCUGGUGUCGCUGCUGCUGUCCUCCCUCAUCUGGUUCAUCGCGGUGAAGGCCAGCGACCCGCGCGACGAGGCGCUGCAGCGGGGGCUGCUGAUCUUCGGGGUGAUGUUCUCGGUGCUGCUGCAGGAGGCCUUCCGCUUCCUCUACUACAAGCUGCUCAGGAAGGCCAUCGAGGGGCUGGUGGCGCUCAGCGAGGACGGCUGCUCGCCCAUCUCCAUCCAGCAAAUGGCAUACGUGGCUGGCGUGGGCUUUGGGCUGAUGAGCGGUGCCUUCUCCAUGAUCAACCUCCUGGCAGACGCGCUGGGACCGGGCACCGUGGGCAUCCACGGGGACUCGCAGCUCUACUUCCUGACCUCAGCCUUCAUGACCAUGGUGUUGAUUUUCCUGCACACCUUCUGGGGCAUCCUCUUCUUCCACGGCUGCGAGAACCGGCGCUGGUGGGAGAUCGCCGCCGUCGUCCUCAUGCACCUCGCGGUUUCGGGGUCGACGUUUUGGAACCCGCUGUACGUGGGCAGCCUGGUGCCCUCCUACCUGCUGAUGGCCGCUGCUGCUGUCUGGGCUUACCUGCUCUCGGGGGGCUCUGCACAGAACCUGCGCCGCUUCCUGCUCUGUUCGCAGAGCGGAGCCAGCCCCCAGCUGGCAUCCUGAGGCCCCGCAGGACGCUCCUGUCCCCAGCUGCCCCUGCCCUCCCCUCCAUCUCGGCGACACCAUCGGCACUCGCCUCCUCUGCAAUACGUUUUUCUCCUGGAAGGGGGGGACCCCGGCCAGCCCCCGGAGGGGCAGGGACCACCACCCAGCGGACAAGUGGCACCGGGGCUGGCCUGCUCCUCUGCCCCUCCGGGGACAGCCCAGCCUGCAGGACUUGGUUUUGCUGGCCCUGAACUACCCUGCCUGGGACGGAUCCUUCCUCAGACUGAUCCCAAGGACCCCCCUCGCUUCUCCCCCCGGCGCAGAAGAUGCCCCCCUCGUCCCCUGUGCCGCUGGGGUGGAGGAAGCAGCUUUGCAAGGCGCUGUCUGGGCUGAGGCUGAGCCCUGUGGUGCUUCUUUCUCCACCUCUUCGCCCCCUGCUCACGGCAAGACGUGGCCCCAGCGCCGGACUGCAGUGAGCUGGCAUCCUGGGGGUGGCGUCGGGGGGCUGGUGUGGGGCAGGGGGGCAGCUGCUGGGGGUGGAAGGUGGUGGGAAGGGAUGUGGGGAGAUGGAUCCCAGCAGCUCCGGUUGGGUGGCCGUGGACCAGCGAGCCUGCAGCUGGUGCCAGCACGGCCUGGGGAGGGGUGCUGGGGGCUGCCCCCCGGGGAUCGUCGCCCUCUCCAGGGGCCGGAGGGGGAUUUUUCAGGCAGGCACCGGCCCUGAUGCUGUGCUUACAAGAUGGGGAUAUUGAAACAGCCCAGGGGCUCAGUGCUGAGAAGGCGGCUUUGUCCACAGUGGGCUUUUAUACCAAUAAAAAAAAAAAAAUAAGCACCAUA